UUUGAAUAAUUAUUGUUGUAAUGUCGAAUUAUAGCUGUGAUGUUUGUACAGCAUUUACAGAAAAGUUUAUUUCCUCCCAGAACGGGUAAUAUGAAAAAAGUUACUGCUCCCAGGCAUAGUUUGGUGGAACUAGUUAAAGAUGGCGAUACCCGCACGCGUUCUUCUUUAACUCUUGAUUCAAGUCUUAAGCAUAAAAUAAUUGAAGAUUUCAAUUUAUUACCUAGAAGAAUUACUUUUGUCCCUCCCCGAAAAAUAUAUUCUCCUGACGAAUUAUAUAAAGAGCCUGAGACUUUAAAUGCAAUAGGAAGUCAUAAUGUAUACGAGACAAAAGGGUCUAAAGAUAGUUACCAUAAACCCGAAGAUAUACCUCGAAAAUUCUAUAAUUUUAAUGGUUUGGAACUAUCAACCUACCAACUGUUUGCUAGUAAAUUAAUCGAAGACUUAAUGAAAUGGAAGAAAGUUUACUCUUUGAGUAAAGGUCUAGGAAACUACGGAAAUACCUGUUAUAUCAAUUCCGCGUUGCAGUGUCUGCUUCAUACCCCACCGCUCGCUAACUUUUUGCUCGAUAACGCCCAUUCUCAAUCUUGUAGAAUUCCGGAAGAUUGCUAUUGUGCUUUUUGCGAUUUGGAAAAUCUGGCUCUUAAAAUCUUCAAGUCUUCCAAAUCUUCUGCUAUCAUAUAUCCGAAAAUGUUUUUUUCUCGUCUGAAACAAGUAGCCAAACAUUUUUGCCGAACUCAGCAAGAGGAUACUCACGAAUAUUUACGCCUUUUGAUAGAUUCCUUGCAAGAAAGUUGUUUACAUGGUUAUGAAAAAAAUUUAGAAGAUAAAAUUAAAGAAACUUCAUUUAUUCAUCAAGUAUUUGGGGGUUAUUUGCGGAGUCAGAUCAAGUGUCUCUGCUGCGGUCACGAUUCCAACUCGUUUGAAACAAUCUUGGAUCUUAGCCUCAACGUUCAAAGUUCAGUCGAGAAAAGUCUGAGGCUUCUUGUAGAGCCGGAGAUUUUGGAUAAAGACAACCUAUACUACUGUGAGAAGUGCGCUAGAAAAGUCCCGGCUAGUAAGUCCUUUUCCAUCCACGUGCCCCCACGUGUGCUCUGCUUGCAUCUAAAACGUUUCGAUUUCCGUAGUGAAGGGAAAAAGAUUAAGUCUAAAGUUAUUUACGGCGAACAUUUAGAUUUGAGUCCGUUUUUAAGCAGUAACACCUCUAAAGAGCCGGUGCUAUAUCAGUUGUACGGUGUUCUUGUUCAUGACGGGCUUACGCUCCACUCUGGCCACUAUCACUGCUACGUUCGCGGUUCCAACCAGCUGUGGCAGUGCAUAGACGACGAACUUGUUUCCAGUGCAAGCAUAAAAACUGUGUUGCACCAGCAGGCAUAUUUACUCUUCUACAUCAGAAUCAGAGAUACUAAAGGGUGCUCUUUUGAAAAAAGUUCCAGCUUAGCUUCCUUAAAAGCAGCCUGCUCUCCGUCUAAAGUUGUUUCUUUUCGUAAAAGUCGGCCAGAAACGCACACUAAAGCAUCUCCUAACGCGACUGACUCCGCUUGGGUUGUGGAGAAGAUUUCACCGGGAAGCCCCAGCUGCACUCAAAAGAAUUACGACAACACCGUCGUCCACUGGGACGAAUAUAUUAAAGAUGUUGGAACUCGUACUCAAUCAAAAAAAACAGCUUCUUCGAGGCUUAUAAGGUCGUGGGACGGCAGUUUUAAGCAAAAUAUAUUCAAUCCGGGUGAGCAGAAAUAUAAAUUUCAAGAGAUAGGGCCAGCAGUAACUUCAUGGGAAGGAGGGCCCAACUCGAUAGACACCGUUGUCGAUCUCUGCAAAUUCGAGAGAGAUGAAGAAGAUGAGUUAUUGGAUAAGGGCAAGCUAAAGAAAGCCAGGACGAAGAGAUUUGAAAGCCUUUCGGCCCAUUUUAGUCAGAGCAACCCUUUUCAACUAUUUUUUUCUAAUAAGAAGUCUAAAAGCUCUUGAGACUAUAAAUUUACUG